UGUUGUCCACGAGAACUUGACGCAGCACAUCCGCUGAAUCUUCAUUUUAAAAUCUUCAUUAACCUGUGCCGUUUGUAGCUGAAAUGAGACCGAAAAGCCGCAACGAUUUUGCGAUCGCCGUGAUCUGCGCCCUCCCUCUCGAGGCGGAAGCGGUCGAAGCCCACUUUGACGAACGCUAUGAUCGGCUGGGAAAACACUAUGGCAAGCAACGAGGCGACGCAAAUGCGUACAUAAAUGGAAGGAUUGGAAAGCUUAACGUGGUCCUGUGCUACAUGCCAGGAAUGGGCAAGGGAAGUGCAGCAAGUGUUGCGUCCAGCCUACAAGUUAGCUACCCAGAUGUCCGGCUUGCUUUGGUUGUCGGUAUUUGCGGAGGCGCCCCAUCACCAUCAAAGUACCAAGAGAUAUUCCUUGGCGAUGUGAUUAUUAGUGAUUCAGUGACUGAAUAUGACUUCGGCAGACAGUACCUUGGCGGUCUUCAGCGAAGGACUGGCGUUAAAGACACGCUAGGCAGGCUAACCCAAGAGAUUAGGGCUCUUCUAAAUGGCUUACGCGUCGAGAAUACCCGCAGUGAGCUUCAGAAUCAGGCGCGACAAUAUCUUCAUAUUCUUCAGGAGAGGAGAGCGAAAUGGUGUCACCCAGGGAUAAGUGACAUCCUGUUUAGCGCAUCUUAUCUCCAUCGGCAUUCGUAUCCUGCUUCUUCUGCCGGGUGUUCCUGUUUCGGAAGCGACUCGCCUGAUCCUAUUUGUAGAGAGGCAUUAGAAAAGGACUGCGACGACCUCGAAUGUGACAAAAGCCAACAAAUCCGACGUCGAGAAGUCUUAGAAGCCGUCCUAAAUAUAUAUAUCGGACAGGUUGCUUCUGCCGAUACAGUCAUGAAGUCUGGACAGCAUCGUGAUGAAAUUGUUAGGAAAGAGAACGUUAUUGGGUUUGAGAUGGAGGGAGCAGGGGUAUGGGACAAUGUUCCAUGCGUCAUCAUUAAGGGAGCGUGUGACUAUGCCGACAGUCACAAGAGUAAGUUAUGGCAAGCAUACGCAGCAGCGACCGGAGCCUCGGCGGCAAAGGCUUUCUUGGAGUACUGGAUGCCUGCGACCCACGAAGGAUAGUAAUUUGCCGUAAGAAUUUCACGCUGUCAGAUAUCUGAUAAUACUUGAUAGAUCCACACGGAAAUCUGGCAAAUACCCUGUUCUCGGAACGAGGUAUGACAUUUCUCGCUUGCCAAUACAUUAUUAGCUGACCAUAUUCUAGAAAUCGAAUUCAGUGACCAGCACAAAGCAUGUCUUGCGAAACUGUUUAUCACGGACCCAGAUGAGGACCUGAACAAAUUGAAGAGGAGAAAGGGGAUUCGCACCUCGGGGACAUUCAGCUGGUUCUUAGAAUCGGACAUACUUAAAUCUUGGGCUCAACAAGUUGAAUUCAUGAGCAACCCAGAGCAAAAUGUCUUGUGGCUAUACGGUAGCCCUAGGAUCGGCAAGUCUACAAUAGCUAUGACUAUUGCAGAAGAACUCCCGAAGAAGGACUACUUCUCUAAUAGACUUGGUAUUCUCUCUUUCUUUUUCUGCGAAUCCAGCUCUGAACAUCAGAGGACGGCGACAUCCAUCCUGCGAGGUCUUCUGUACCAGAUUAUCAAGCAAUGCCCGCCUUUCAUCGAACAAAUUAUGUCAAAAUAUGACGUUCAGGGAGAGCGAUUAUUCACAUCAUUUGACGCGCUAUGGACGGUACUGAUGGAUAUAGGCCGGGUGUCUAAG